AUGUUGCUGUUGCCGACAACAAAUGACGAGGACUGUAACGAGCAUCGUCCUGUUUCACCAAGACAAGCAUUGAGAGUUGCCUUGAAUUUGAAGAAGUUAGUUGACACCAUUACUCCGCAGGCUGUGGCAGCCGAUAAGAUAAAGUCGUUUGAUUUGGAUAUUAAGAAGGAAGAGACUAUACAAGCAGUUUAUGAUGCAGCUGGAGGCGACAUCAAUGACAAUGGAUAUGAGUCUAAGAGACGCUAUCAAGCAUGUUUGGUAUUUUGUCUAUUGAAAGUUUCUGGCUGGUUUGAUUCACUUGCUGAAUCUAGGCUUGAGAGAAGUGAUUUAUACACAUCCCGUUCAUUAGUUGCACAAACAAUUGCCUGCAUUUUAAUUGACCGUGAAAAGGAAGACAAAUACUUGUUUCUUUCCAUGCUCUGCCAUAGGUACUCUAUCAACUUGAAUAAUGAGGAUUCCGAUCCUGAAAAUGCUUUAGAGUUGGCGGUUGAUACACGUUCUCCAAUUGUCGCCACAUCAGGUUACCAGAGGUGUAUCAAGUGGCUUUGGAACGGUUGGAUUGUACAGUCAAGACAUGAUCCUUCUGAGUAUGUUCUUUACAAAGGAAUAGCGAAUACGUCAUUUUGGGCUCAUUUCAAACCCGAUAGGAUUCAAACUCCUUUAUACCAAAACGCCCUAGAGAUUUUUGUUGCAAUCGUUUUUCUCAUAAUUUAUACAAUUGUAACAAAUAGAGAUGCUGCUGCAAAUAAGUUGAACAUUCCUGAAAUUCUGCUAUUCUUCUUCACAUUUGGCUUCCUCGCUGAUGAAAUCCAAAAGCUAUAUCACAUUGGUUCUGCCUACUUGCAGCUUGGUAGCACAUUCAAUGAUAUCCUAUAUACCAUCAUUUUUAUUUCAUUUGGAUUUAGAUUUGCGGCAGUGACUACGACAGUACCAGGGCAUGACCAAUUGUAUGAUACAACAUCACAUAGAUUUCUUGCCGUUGCAGCACCAUUUAUGUGGAUACGAAUGCUAUUCUUUUGUGAUAUUUAUCAUUUCUUUGGGGUAAUGAUUGUUGUCGUCAAUACAAUGAUGAAGGAAUCAAUUAUCUUUUUUUUUAUGCUCUCAGUGGUGAUAAUUGGAUUUUUGCAAGCAUUUAUUGGACUUGAUCAAGCAGAUGGCAAAAGGGACUUGACCUAUUUUAUUAUCACAAACAUGUUGAAUACGGUUCUAAGUGGUCCUGAUUUUAGCGCUAUUGAAAGGUUUGCAUAUCCUUAUGGAAGUGUAUUGUAUUAUAUCUACAAUUUUUUGGUUACAGUUAUUUUAUUGAAUAUCUUGAUUGCUUUGUUUUCUUCUGCAUAUUCAGAUGUCAUUAGUAACGCUAAUAAUGAGUAUUUAUUCCAAUAUUCAUCGAGAGUACUUAAAUAUAUCAGAGCUCCUGAUGCAAAAAUAUUUUUACCCCCUUUCAAUCUAAUUGAGAUAUUUUUAUUGGAUAUUCCUUUUGCUUGGUGGAUGAAUGAGAGGCAAUUCAAUAGUAUGUGCAACAAUAUUCUGUUUCUCAUAUAUUCUCCUGUUUUACUGAUAACCUCUAAUUAUGAGGUUAGGGAAAGCAAAAGAGUUUCUUACAACAGGUCAUUCAAUCAUGCUGACGAUGCCAACGAAGAGGACCAGGAGUGGCUAUUGACGGAUGGUUAUGAUGAGACGAUCGAUGACGCUGAUAACAGGCAUCAAAUUGAACGUAAUAUUGAUCUACAAAUGGAGGCUGAGAACGCAGAGCCAGGGUUUGUAAAGGGAUUUCCAGAUUGGAAUAGGAAAUUAAAGACCUUGGCCCCUCCUAUGAAGGAAGCUGGCGAUCAAGGUGUUAGUCCCGAAGCUUUCAAAAUCUUAAGUUACAUUGAUGUCUUGUCUCAAAAAGUAGAUACAUUGAUUGAAAAUAACAAAUCUCUCCAGAGAGAACUAGACUCACACAAGUCCAAAGCUAAAUAG